AUGGAGUGCCGGAACUGAAAACAAAGUCGAUGUUUUCUGAACGAGCCCGUUAAAUGAGUGGACCGUAGAGUCCAAGACCAGCCAAAAUGCUUUGCAAUACCUAAUCUCUCGGUUUUUACGUCAAACUUGGUCAUCUUCCCCUCAAUUUGCCUAGUUUUCGAUCUCGAGAUGGACCAAAAUACACAUAUUAAAGACGGUGUGGAUCGAUCCAACCUGGUUUCCGAGGACGGGAAGAACAGCAAGUCUGUUCUAUGCCAGCGAUGUGGAUCCAAGGUGCUGUCCCCAGGAAUGGCUGUAUUUGCAGAGAAAGAGCUUAUCCUACCAUCCAUGCGUAAAAAGAGCAGCCUCAGUGGUGCAGAGGGCUCCGUGGACAGGGACACACUGACUGCCCACUGGUUAGUGGGGGAUAUGUUCGAUUUUGAGAACGUGGGCUUCACUAAUGAUGUCGGGAGAAUCAAGUAUCUCAUCUGCGCAGACUGUGAGAUCGGACCCAUCGGCUGGCACUCUUUGGAUGAUAAGAUAGGUUAUUAUGUUGCAUUAGACCGAGUGAAUCAUGUCUAGUUUUGAAGCAUCAUGAAACAAAUGCAUACAAUAAAUACAAAUAAAUAAAUACAGUUUAUGUGCUAGCUGGCUUUACUGUCAGCGCUGACACUUAACAGCACACACUCGAUUCAUACUGUUGUGUCACUACUCUUUUCUUUUCUCACUAAGGCCAUUGUAUCAUUGACCAUUGUGCUCUAAUAAAAAUAUUCACCUUUCUCAUCUUUAUAAUUAUGUUUUGCGAGUAACCUGAGGGUCAAGCUGACUUGUAUGACUGACAAGACACAACAUUACGACUACUUGAUGUUACACUGGUGUAAAACUAUACUGUUUUUUACUCUUGUGUUACAGACCACUCUCAUUGUUUUUUACUCUUGUGUUACAGACCACUCUCAUUGUGAUGCAGUACUGUUCUAUGCCACUCACAAUAACCACAGUAAUAACCUUGUUGUUAAAUUAAUACCCCUGACAAUAUCAACUGAGCAUUAUUACCUUUGUGAAGGCAGACCCAGUAUUUGUAUGCCAGUGUGGUCAUGAUAUUGUGGCUCAUGUUAGGCACAUUUUGGCUGCAAGUGCAAUAAUAAACAUUUUAAAAUGAA